CUCGUAAAACUAAUGUGGCUGUAAACAUUAAUGACUUUGGGAUAAGCCGCCCAGCAAAUGAAUCAUCAGAUAAUGAAAUUUAUGGUAUCAUUCCAUAUAUUGCACCAGAAGUAUUAAGAGGUGGGAAAUUGACCACGGCAUCAGAUGUAUAUA